AUCACUAUAAAUAAACCCCCAUUUCAACUCCCGCGAAACCCAAACCAAAAUGGUCCAAUUCCACGAACACAUAAUCUCCGAUCUGCUCGAAGACCCCACCACCGGCGGCGGCCUGGUGGUCCUCUCCGCCGGACUCGGCCUCCACAAACUCAUCGCCGGUCUCCUCCACCUCCACCACCCAUCCCAAGGCUCCCUCCUCAUCCUCUCCGCCACCCCUUCCCAAAAACACUCCAUCCUCACCUCCCUAAACAACUCUAACCCUAACCCUAACCCUAACCCUGAAAUCACCAAUACACCGUCAGAAAUAACUUCCGAUCUCCCCGUUCACCACCGCCUCUCUCUCUACACCUCCGGCCAAGCCUCUUUCAUCACUUCUCGUAUUCUAAUUGUGGAUUUGCUCACUCACCGGCUUCCCGUUUCUGCUGUUGCUGGAAUUGUGUUGUUGAAUGCGCAUUUGUUGUCGGAGACGUGUACUGAGGCGUUUAUUGUGAGGAUUCUUAGAGCAAGUAAUAAGGAUGUUUAUGUUCGUGCGUUUUCGGACCGGCCGCAUGCUAUGGUUUCGGGUUUUGCUAAGGCUGAGAGGACUCUUAAGUGUUUGUUUCUUAGAAAGCUUCAUUUGUGGCCUAGGUUUCAGGUAUAUGUAUCAGAAGACCUUGAGAGGGACCCACCCGAAGUAGUGGAUAUCAGGGUCCCCAUGUCUGGUUACAUGAUGGGGAUUCAGAAAGCGGUGAUCGAGGUCAUGGAUGCUUGUUUAAAGGAGAUGAGGAAGACUAACAAGGUUGACGUGGAAGAUUUAACCGUGGAGAAUGGAUUGUUCAAAUCGUUUGAUGAGAUCGUGAGGCGGCAAUUGGAUCCGAUAUGGCAUACGUUGGGGAAGAAGACUAAACAGCUUGUCUCAGAUUUGAAAACCUUGCGGAAGUUGCUGGAUUAUCUCGUUAGGUAUGAUGCAGUGACUUAUUUGAAGUAUUUGGAUUCACUGAGAGCAUCAGAAAGUUUUCGCUCUGUAUGGAUAUUCGCAGAGUCCAGUUAUAAGAUCUUCGAGUAUGCAAAGAAACGGGUUUAUCACUUUAAGAGGUCAAACGGUGAAACGUUGACCACCCCAUCUAAGAGUGUGAAGUCCAAAAAGAGGAAGUUGGAUGAUAAGGAUAAAGAAGGUAUAGAUUCCCCGGUGAUGAACGGCAAUAGUGGCGUAAUGUUGGAGGAAGUCUUGGAGGAGGCACCGAAAUGGAAAGUGUUGCGUGAGAUUCUCGAAGAAAUAGAAGCAGAAAGGGAGAAGCAAGCUACAACAAACGAUGAUCGUGAUGCCGAAAGUGAUCAAGAUGAUAACGGCAUUGUUUUGGUUGCAUGUAAAGAUGAACACUCCUGUGUGCAGCUCGAGGAGUGUAUCACAAGCAACCCGAAUAAGGUCAUGCGGGGAGAGUGGGAAAAAUAUUUGCUGAGUAAAGUGCAACUGAAUGCAUUACCGAAGCGUAAUAAGAAGAAAACUCAAGCGCCUAAAGGCUUCGGAAUACUCGACGGAUCGGUCCCUUUGACACCUAGCAAGGGAGUCGAAGGUAGUACCAGCAGCAUAGUAACGCAGGAAAACGAUGCACUCUUAGCAGCAGCAACUGAAAUAAGUAAACAAGCCGAAAAAGGCAUUGAAGUAGUAGACGAACCUCAAGUUAGUAUGGGCGGCAAAGGAAAAGGAAAACGGAACUCAAAAGGCACGAACAAGACUUCUGCAAAAAACGUUUCCUCUAAAAAAGAUGAUAAAAAUAAAACCGAGUCAGUGUUGACUGAAUCUGAACCCAACAAAGUUGAAAAUUCGACUAUUGGUGGAAGUGUUCUCAAGAAGCAUGUGGAAGGUAAACCGAUCCCUCCGGUGCACUUUCAUGCGUAUGAAAGUGGUCAGCAAAUACUCGACGUCUUGAAGCCCUCUGCGAUUAUCGUUUACCAUCCCGACAUUGCUUUUGUACGGGAAAUAGAAACGUAUAAAGCUGAAAAUCUCUCAAAAAAGGUGAAGGUAUAUUUUCUAUUUUAUGAAGAUUCUACAGAAGUGCAAAAGUUUGAGGCCAGUAUUCGCCGUGAAAAUGGAGCGUUUGAAUCACUGAUCCGGCAGAAAUCCAUGAUGAUGCUGCCAGUUGAUCAGGUGGCUCAUGGCCUCGGUUUAGUUUCUGCUAAUGAGACGGAAUCUCCCUCAAAACAAAAUAUGGUAACUCGGAAAGCAGGUGGACAGAAGGAAGCUAGAAAAGAGAUGCAAGUCAUAGUGGACAUGAGGGAGUUCAUGAGCAGCCUUCCGAAUGUACUACAUCAAAAAGGCAUGAACAUAAUCCCCGUCACCCUAGAAGUCGGAGACUACAUUUUAUCCCCGUCAAUAUGCGUGGAAAGAAAAAGCAUACAAGACCUUUUCGGUAGUUUCGCGUCAGGCCGACUCUACCACCAAGUUGAAAUGAUGACGCGCUAUUACCGUAUACCCGUUCUUUUGAUCGAGUUUUCACAAGACAAAAGCUUCUCGUUUCUGUCGACAAGUGAGAUUAGUGAUGAUGUCACACCGCAUAACAUUAUAUCAAAGCUAUCUUUGCUUGCUCUACAUUUCCCUCGUUUGCGAAUCGUGUGGUCGCGUAGCUUGCAUGCAACUGCUGAAAUUUUUGCUUCUCUUAAAAUGAAUCAAGACGAACCUGAUGAAGCUAAGGCAACCAGAGUUGGAGUCCCUUCAGAAGAAGGCGUGGUGGAAGACGACGUUAGAGCUGAGAACUACAACACAUCUGCUGUUGAGUUUCUAAGGCGGCUACCAGGUGUGACCGAUUCUAACUACAGGGCCAUAAUGGAGGGGUGUGGCAGCUUGGCGGAACUGGCCCUUCUUCCGGUGGAGAAGCUGGCGGAACUAAUGGGCGGUCAGAAAUCCGCCACCACUUUGAGGGAGUUUCUUGAUGCCAAGUAUCCCACCUUGUUAUAGUUUUUAACUCUUUUUUAACUACUGCGAUUGUUGUACAAUAUGGGAAUAAAAUGAAAUCCCACAUCCAUGCAGCGGCGAAGCUGUCGAAAUCAUGGUUUGGUCGGACAAGAUAUUGAUUUCAGUAUGUAUCUUUCAUUGUACUUUAGUUAUAUUUAAUAUGGUUAAUUUUAUUCUA